GAGCGAAGAGGAGGAAAGAGGCGGUGGCCGAUGGGGGGAGAGUGGAGGGGUGUGAGGCUCAUGGUCGCUGCUGUGGCGCUUGAAAGCCAGUUCUCACAGAAGCAGUGCCAGUCAGGCAACAAGUAAAGUCUAUAGAAGCUACAAAACCUACAGUGACCUAUGGAAAACCUGUAGUUCCUGCUGUCCUGCCUUCCCGAAAGCUAGCACCAUGACCCUUACCAAAGGUUCCUUCACCUAUUCCAGCGGAGAGGAAUAUCGUGGGGAAUGGAAGGAAGGGCGUCGACAUGGUGUUGGGCAGUUGACAUUUGCUGAUGGCAGCGUUUACCUGGGACACUUUGAGAAUGGUCUCUUCAAUGGCUGUGGGGUGCUCACUUUUGCAGAUGGCUCCAGGUACGAAGGAGAGUUUGUCCAGGGAAAGUUCAAUGGUGUUGGAGUCUUCACUCGCUAUGACAACAUGACCUUUGAAGGAGAAUUCAAGAGUGGACGUGUUGAUGGCUUUGGGCUUCUAACUUUCCCUGAUGGCUCUCACGGAAUCCCCCGCAAUGAAGGCUUUUUUGAGAACAACAAGCUCUUGCGACGGGAGAAGUGCCAGGCAGUGGUUCAGCGUGCACAGAGCGCCUCCAAAUUGGCACAUGGCCUCACAGCAUGAUGGGGCAAAUUCUUAAGUAGCCCUACUUCUGGGUCUCUCCCAUGAAGCUGGGCUGGGAGGAAUGUGGAGUGUAGAAAUUACAGAGACAAAUACCAUCUCUUGAAGGUAGAUGAUCCCAACCCAGCUCUGCAUAGCUGGACAGCCUGCUUGGAUCACUCUCUUAAAACAGCUUGGCCGUCAUAGUGUGCUUUGUUGCCAAACUGCAGUUACAGAACCACCCUUGCAGACAAAGGGUCUGCCAGUCCUGAGGCAGUGACAUUCCCUUUGCUGAGAGCAUUCUCCAUAGAAGGUCUGCUAGUGCUAAAUUCUCACAGCCAUGAUGGGCAGUGAGGGUUGCUGAAUUUGUACCCUCUUGCCCCCUAGUAGGGCAGGAGUGACUUGUUAAUGUACACUAUGAGAAUGCAUAAGGUUAGUUUACAUCUUUCCUCAUUUUAAGACCAGUGCAGCUGGGAGGUUGUGACUUAGCUGGAUUGGCCUUUAGUGUCAGAGUUGGAACUUGCAUUUAGCAAAGCAUCUGUUCCCUUCCUAAGUCCUCUAGGUCUCACUUGCCUUCUGUCCUCCCCUUUUCUCCGCUCAUGAGGCUCAGUCUGUGUCAAAAACAAAGAAAUGCAAAAAGGAAAAUUGAUCUGUGAGUAGAAUUCUAGACCUGCUGAAAUGUGCCUUUCCCCCAACCUUUUAGAUCAGCAGAGGGAAGGAAGCUUGAGCUACAAUACCUGCCCUCAUUUUUAUCCAUCGUUCAGGCUCCAGAGUGAAUCUGGGACCCCUUUUCACUGUUUGCUGUAGGUUUCUUCUGGUUCUGUUGAUGUGAGUCCUUUUACAGUAUUUCAGUUUCUCCUUGGGUUAACAGCAGCCUUUCCUUAUGUUAAGUGAUUUGAUCUCAAGGCAGCAGAGGGAAGGCAUCCAUUUUGCCUCCAGAGCAGUUUCAUGGCAUCCGUGCACUGUAGUGUAACAUAGGCAGGGCUGUGUGUAUAGUGCACUUUUAAAAAAUGAAAAUCCUGGCCAAGAAAGUCCGUGUAUGGUAAACGGCAUUGAUUAUACAAAAUAACAAAUAUGCACAAAGCUGGUUAUUUUGCAUGUGCUGCUUUUAUACUCAUGAGAAAAAGCAAAUAAUUUGAUAGAAGGCUAGAGCCUGCCAGAGGUCUUAUGCACCCCUCCCAUCCCUCUUUCUCUGGCUUCUCAGAGUUUAUCAGGCAUUGUCCACUGGUAUUUUAGCUUGUUUUUGUAGCCUGAACAGUUGGAAUUUUGCUUUAACAGAGCCGAGAUUCUCCAAAAACUGAAUUCUGUAAUACAGUCACAGAACUAUGGCAUGUGCAUGGACCUGCACAUCCCCAACCUAGGUGAUCUCUAUCCCCAUUUUGCUCGUUGGGUCCAAAUUGAUUGUCAUUUCCAUAUAGGCAGUGUAAUUUUGAGCAGCAUGAAACCCUUCUAAGAUAAUCAUCCUGAGCUCCUUCCCCCCAAUCCUUAACAGCAUUUUGAUGGGUGAGAUAGGGAAAUAGUGGAGUCUAGCAGGACAAGUUACAUUAAUGUACAGUUUGGAGAUUGCAGUUCACCCCUAAAUCAUAAGGGCAAACUACGCUGUGGAAGUCUUCUAGUAGGAUCCUUCUUAGAGAUGCAGGCUGAAUGGAAAUGCAGGGCUGGGGUAAUAGCUGGGAUAAAUCAGUUGUGGGUGGACAGCAGGUAAGAUUGAAAGUGAAUAGCGGGCGGGGGGGGGGGGAGAGUUGGAAUUGAAUGGUCCUUGAAAAGCUACUCUGUUUCUGUGCAGCCACUUCAUGUUUGUGUGCACUAGAAUCAACCAUGGGAUUGUCUUGAGAGUGGGGGCGUCCUUAGCCAAGGACUGACCCGCAUGGUCCCUAAGUGCCAUGCUGGAGCCUGUGUGACCAGCCCACCUCCACACUGAAUGUCUGCAUGUCAAUGCCACCCUCGUGCCUUUCUGUCUCUGCCCAUGUAUGGGCGUUGGCCAAAUAAAGAGUUGCUGGAU